AUGGUGCUCUACUUCAAGAGCAACGUCGUUGAUCCUCCGGCGUUCAUAUACGUGGGCAAAGAUAAGGUCGAAAAUGAGGACCUGAUCGCACACGGCUGGCCAGAAGACGUCUGGUUCCACGUCGACAACCUCUCGUCCGCCCACAUCUACCUUCGCCUUCCGGAGAAUCAGACCUGGGACAAUAUCUCGGAAGCACUCCUCACAGACUGCGCCCAGCUCACCAAAGCCAAUUCGAUCGAAGGCAACAAGAAGGACAACAUCACCGUCAUAUACACGCCAUGGAGCAAUUUGAAGAAGACGGGUGCCAUGGCGACGGGUCAGGUGGGGUUCUUUGAUCAGAAAAAGGUGAAGAGGGUGUAUGUGGUUAGUAGGGAGAAUGCCAUUGUGAAUCGGUUGAACAAGACGAAGGAGGAGAAGUAUCCAGAUCUGAGGGAAGAGAAGGCUGAGAGAGAAAAAGAGCUGAGGAAGGUCGAGAGGAUCGCUAUGCAGGAGAAGAAGAAGCAAGAUGCCCAAUUAGCGGAGGAGCGGCAAAGGCUGAAGUGGCAGAAAGAUCACAUGUAUGAUGAGCUGCACACGGAAGAGAAUCUGGCACAGACAAGCAACGAGGAUCGAGAUGAAGACUUUCUGGACGACUUCAUGUGA